CUCUUCUUGCCCCCUCGUUCGUACCCGUUGUCCAUCCGCCCCCUGCAACUCCCUCUCUUCUUGCUUCCAUUUUUUUCUACCCCCUUCUUCUUUCCCGUAAUCCACCCCCUUCUUGUUUCCCUUUUCUUUCUUUGUUUCCUUCUUCUUCACUCUAUUUCUUCUAUCCCACCCAACCUUCUAUAUCCCCUCUUUUCAUGCCCAGAGACCUGACGGCGACCCUUCCUCUUCUUCAAUGGCAACCAGGGGGCGACAGAGAGUACGACAGAGGCGGCAUAGCUCGACGGCGGCGGCAGAAUGAUGAAGAUGGUUGGACGUUUUCAUCACAGAACUUGACGGAGAUAGUACUGGCAGAGAUCAACGGUGGCAGAAGAUGCAAAGCUAGAGGGUAAAGAAGGAAGAAAUAAUAGAAGAAAAUAAAGAAAGAAGAAAAGGGAGAAAAAAGUUGCAGAGAAUGGGAGAAUGAAGAAGAAGAAGAAAACAUUUAAUAAAAAGGGGAAAAAGAAGAUCUAAUGCCACCCAGACGGCCAUAUCAACCCUAGUAGCAAAAAAAGCCAUGUUGACGAUCCACGCAGGCUGAUUAACCAGAGAAACCUAGAUUGAUAAAAAAAUUAAAUUAAGGCCUCGAGCUUAUGUAGCCUCAUUUGUCGCUAAAUAGGGACAACCUUCAAUGUACC